UCUGUCUCCACCAACCUUUUAGUUACAGAUUCCAUCCUCUGUCUUCCAUGGCAUCCUUUCUUUGUUCCCCCAAGUUUUUCUUGCUUCUUCUGGUUCUAUCAGCAAUCCCAAUCGCCAUCAUCAUCUCCCUCGAAUCAGCCACUCCAAUCUCUCAUCACUACCACUUCCAUAGCACCGGUUGGCUCAGAGAAUCAACCAAAUGGGACCAUGUUAACCGCCGCUUCAUCGUCUCCUUAAUGGACGGCGGAGGUCUCGGUGUUCUCCCCCUACCUGAUGAGGAUGACAGGACUGGCGCUGUCCUGCAAGAGAUCGUCGUUGUCAAAAAUACAGACGCCAUAGGGAACGGGUCUUGUGGUCUAUUUAUCGACCGGCCAAGAAAUAGGGUGGUGGUUGCCAUCGCCGAUGUUCUGGGAAAUACUUACAGUGCCGUCGCCGCCUAUGAUCUCGAUUCAUGGAAGCGCUUAUUUUUCACCCACCUCAGUUUCUCAGAUGACGGGAAAACGUUUGCGGAUGACGUAACCGUCGAUGCAGAAGGAAACACAUAUGUGACGGAUGCCAAAGGUACCAAAAUCUGGAAGGUUGGGCUAAACGGCGAGCUAUUAUCCGUCAUAAAAAGUCCUCUUUUCCACGCGAAAGAGUGGUACAAGGAUUUGGUUACCCUCAACGGGAUUGUCUACCAUCCCAACGGUUACUUGAUUGUGGCUCACACUCUCACCGGAUAUCUCUUCAAGGUUGAAAUCAAUAAGGACAACCAAGUUUCGGUGGUGAAGAUUGAUGACAGUUUGGCAAUUGCGGACGGAUUGGAGCUUUUGUCACCGACCAAACUUGUUGUGGCCGGAGCCAACGGUGUAAAGUUGGUGGAGAGCAAUGAUGAUUGGGAAACAGCGGCGAUCGUGGGGAGGUCGCCGGUGUUAAAGCAUCGACUUGUGACUGCAUCGACGGUGAAGGAUGGAAAGGUGUACAUCAACCACGCAAUCGGGAUGGGGUACCCAAAGAAGAAGCACGUACUUGUUGAAGCUGUUUUUUCGUAGUUGUUUUGAUUGAUAUUAAUAAAUAUUGUUGCAGUUUCAAGAAGAAGCACAUUUGGGUAUUUCUUUUUCUUACAACAAUGAAAAAUUGGAUCUUUUAAUAUUAGAAAGAGUUGAGGAAA